GGGAGCCUCUGUCCAGUGCUCCCCCCAGCAACAGGGCACCGUCAACCUACUUAUAUAUCAGAGGAACAAAGAACUAAAAAUAUUCCCCGCCAGUAACCCCAGUCUUAAAGAACCCCCAUCAUCUUUCUAUCCACUGCCUCGCCCGAUUCGGUGUCCUGUGGUCAACUGGUGCACGGGCUAGUUCUUCCAUUGUCCCGGAGCAAAUGGUGCACGAGCAUCCACUCAGAACCCCCAGCAGUCCAUAAUUCUAGCUUUCCUCUCCUCCAUAACUUGUUCUCAAGUUUACGCUCUACUCGAGCUGGCCUCUCAAUGGCAACGCUCAGCGACAAUAAAAGUGCGUUGGGGGAUUUCCCCCUCCUCAUAUAUACAUAUAGGGUAGGAGGCUACUAACAAGAUUAUGAUAUCAAAAAGGCAAGUUGAGCCAGGUCCAAGCUCUCGUUGAUAUAUUGAAGGUAGAUUUCCGGGUUCAUGACCUUCCGCCAGAGAGUAAGUACAGUCCCUGAGGCGCUCAAGAUUUGAUGUCUUAUUUCGGCAUAGAGAGAGUUGCAGCCCUCGAAGAGCUUAAGGUUUUCGGGCGGGAUGCGAACCAAUCCGACCCGAUAUUCACGAGGGAAGUAAGUUACUCCUCCCCAGUUUCCUUGAAGUCGUCUAAAGGAGGUCCCAGGGGAUCGAGAUGCUAUGCAAACAUGCCUUUGAGGGGACCGACAAUAAAUCAGCCCUGGAAGCCAUGCGAUGUCUAGCAAACGCAUUAUUGAUAGCACCCGAGACCAGGCAUAUAUUUGUUGAACUUGGGUAUGCAGAAAAGGCGGUCAACAGAUACCAGGUCAGUUGGGCUUGAUCUGCCAUAUGGCGUAAAAGAUGUUGCUUACACAGAGAUAUCGCCAGAACGAUUCAUCCCAUGAAGAAUUCUUGGCGGGUCGGAUUUUGUUUCUGGUUACCUAUGCGACCGCCGAUUUAUUAAAAUGGCUCGAAGAGUAUAAGCUCGCCAAAUACCUCAAUGACGUGACUAAUUAUUCCGCUGUUGGAGAAGUUGAAGGGGCCUGAUGAGGCUAAUGUUUUUGCAGGCGAUUAUGAGGCACGGAAAAAUAUACUCCAAGGUCAACAGCAAUGAACAACCAUCUGCGAUGCAAGAUAUGGCAUUCACUGAAACCACAAAGCUGUUGUUUAACAUCACCCAUUUUGCCCCUGAGAAAGUAGAUUUAUUCUCAAGGUCAGCUUUUCAUAACGAACCCUUGCUCUCCGGGGAAUUCGCUGACCACUGUAAAAUAGGUCCAUCCCAAGUCUCUUCAAGAUUCUUUGCAGGAGGACACUCCCCAGUCUUCCCCUCCAAUCAUCUAUAGCCCAUUUGGUUAAUGCACUUUUAAACCUCGAUCUUUCAUCUCAACCCGGAUGCGUAUUUCCUUCUUUCGACCCCACAUGUAAUGUAGCCAGGCUUAUCAGGGUCCUGGACCUUUCUGUGGGGAGCCCGAACGAUAAUCAUGACGAUCAACGCAAUCGGUUAUUCGAUGAAGCAGGGGUCCCACUAAUAACAUUACUAAGAAAAGUGUUUGAGAUCUCCUCCGGCCAAGCCAAAGAGUGCGUGCGGAAACGAUUGCUACCCUCUGACGAGUAAGUUAUUUCCCCCGUUAGGCAAGACCACAGACUCACGCAAUGACUAUCUCAUUAGACAACGUAAGGAUCCACUAGGGAAGGGUGGUUCACUGGCAUCUCGCCUAUUACAACUGUCCACUUCCGCUGUAGCUCUGAAUACCCGUCAACACCUUGCCUCGCUGUUGUUCGAGGUUUCCAAUUCGAACCCGGAGGAGUUUGUCCGUAAUGUUGGAUAUGGUUACGCUUCGGGGCUUCUUCUCAGUGCUGGUGUGCAACUUCCCCAGUCAGCUUUAGAGGAUCUCUCCACUUCAUCAGACACCUUUGGGCGGUCUUUCAACCCUGUUACGGGCCAGGCUUUAGACCGCGAACCAGAGCUAAAAGAUCCCCUUAGCGAGAUGUCGGAAGAGGAGAAGGAGAGGGAGGCGGAGCGAUUGUUUGUAUUGUUUGAGAGGUAUAAAAAGUUCUCUGCUGUUGGGUAACGACAUGAAUCUACGCUCACAUUCUACGACAGAAUAAAACGGACGGGUGUGGUGGAUAUCCAAAACCCCGUGGAGAAAGCCCUCCAUGAGGGCCGAUUCGAAGAGCUGGAUUGAAAGUUGCGGUGCCCUUUCGUUAGAAUUCCCACAUGUGUUCGGACCGCUAUCAUAUCGGAGAAAUGUUAAUUUCGGAUUGGAGGGCUUCAGGUCGCCGCGAGAGCAGACCGCCGGCUCCGGUGCAUCGAUACCGGUGGGAGCGAGUGAAAUAAUUGCCUCUUGACUUGCAACAAGUGACCCUUUUAAGUCAAGUUCGAGAGCUACUUGUGAUAUUCAUAUCUUUGAUACUGGUACGAACUUCGCAGUCCUUUUGUGCGCAAACGGCUGGAGGUCUUGCAGGUUUUUCCAUAAACGAGUGACCUCCGGUGACGCUCCCAUGAUUACAUGAUUAGAGUGCCCCCGACCUCGGGAAAAUUAUAGUGCUAAGUUAAGAGUAUGAUGGAACGCUGAAGUGUUUUUUCCCCAAGGUUCGUUGCCGAGGUUGGGCCAUUCACUCGGAGGAGCUCCCACAAUACCGUUGUUCUUGAGGAGGUGAAGUAUCCGGAACGUGACCCCUGGAGAUAAUGGGGACAAAGAGUUGCCUGGGCGAUAGCAUACGGUACUGAGUACUGUGCCAACAAUUCAGUAAAACCCGUUCUUAUGCUUGGGAGAAAGAAAAGUUGCGUAGUUGGAGACGAUUCAUGAUUGGCUCACUGAGUGAGUGGCCCUCGGACGCUGCAGGUCAUCUGACCCAUUGUACAAGUAGUUUGUGUUCGCGGACUAGAAGGUUACUCAGUUUGAGCUUUCUGACGAGCGAUAAAGGUGACUGGAAUUGUGAACAAAUGACGCCACGCUGAUGCUGUAAACUGAAUUUUAAGGGUGGGAGA